AAUCCAGUGCUCGAGGUUGUAGUAUACAAUUGCAUGCGCUCUACAUUGAUUCAUGUGAAAAUCCGUGCUUGUGCGCGAACGAGACUGAGAGCGGUGAAAGCGCCAAGGCUGCAACACCCAACUCCGCUGCUUCCACUCUCAUCUCAGCCUCAGAUACUGGCCCACAAAAGGCAUAACCAGUGGAACCCCUUUUCGAUUCCAGCUGCAAUUCUUGCACAAAAACGAUAUGUAUAAACUAAGCAUGGUUGCAACAAUGUGGAUGCAGCAUGCGCCACCCCUGAAACUGUUCCUUUCUUCUUCAAAUGAAACAAAAGUCCCAUCUUUUGGGGUGACUCAGAACGGUAAAAGCAGAGUAAAGGCAAUAACUUUGGAUGAACUUCCCCCAAACGCGCUUCGGAGGAAGAGAGAACCGCAAUGGAGAGGAGGCUUCAGCCUUGGACUCGACUUGGGGUUGGCUCGCACUGGCCUUGCCCUCAGCAAAGGCUUCUCCAUUCGUCCUUUAACCGUUUUGGAACUACGAGGAGAGAAGCUUGAGGUCAAGAUUAUUAACAUUGCUGGACAAGAGGAGGUUGAUGAGUUUAUAAUUGGACUUCCAAAAUCUUUUGAUGGGAAGGAAACACCGCAGUCGAAUAAAGUCCGAAGUGUUGCUGGAAGGCUUGCUGUUCGAGCUGCUGAGAGGGGUUGGAGAGUAUAUCUACAGGAUGAACGUGGGACAACAAAAGAAGCCGUAGAUCGAAUGAUCAAUAUGGGGUUAAGUAAGUCCUCUCAGCAGAAGAAACUUGAUGCCUAUGCUGCCAUGAUGGUACUAGAGAAAUAUUUCUCCUCGUCAGGUCAGGGUAUUGAACUUGUUUUGCCCAAGAAUCUAGAAUUACAAGCAAAACUUCAAAGGGGUCCUCCUAAAGAUGGUGAUUUAUUCUCGGAUGAAGAUUAAUCUUAGAAUGUUUGCUUUGUGCUGUUAGCUUUUAUGGUGGUGUAUGGUAAAGCUUGUACCAUUCCUUUAUGUUUACACUAAUUGCAUGUGUGCAUGAGAAUGUUUUGAGAAAAGAGAAAGAUACUCCAACCAAACCCGCUCCUCUUCACCCUCCCCAGCUUCAACCCCACUGCUCUCGGUCCCGCUCUGGGAGAAUCCUAUGAUAUAUCAAGACUUGGAAUGAUUUUUGGAACCAGUCUGUAAGGUGGCCUUGAAUAUGACUCACCAUCACUAUUUCGGAAUUUGAGUUCAUUUUCAGGAACAGAGUGGAAGUUUGUUUCAUCUCUGUUUGUUUUGUUCUUCACGUCUAGCUUUCCACCAUUACAGGAUGCAACAAGUUGGAUUGACUUGAUCGCUUGUUGAAUUAUGAAGUGCUUGCUGCAUCAAAUAACUGGGUUAUAGCAUAUUUGGUAAAGAUCGCAGUUAGAGAAAUGUUUGAGUUGGAAGAAGAAUGGUUUGAGAUAUGGAUAAUAGAGCAGAGAGUAAUUUGAGAUGUAGACGACAAAUUAACUUUUUUGUUUGAAAGGAAUGAAUGCUCAAGGUGGAUGGGAAUCUUUUGAGAGCUCAAACCCAAUGAUCUUGGAUAUGAGCAGUAGAAAUUGUGUUGGAGAGAGAUUUGGUCGGUAAGGUGGUGUGUUAAACCUAAGGAUGUGGAGAAUUUGUAGUUGUUUGUUUAUUACUUUUUUUUACAAAGAAAGAACAAAUUAAGUUCUAUAAUAUGGUUGGGAAGAGUAUGGAGGACAAGGUUGUGUGCUAAAUAGACAUCAGUUUUGAUUGUUGCAAAAGACCAUCAGAGUUGAUGGUCCAACAAGGUGUUUUUAACAUUCUUGGUUCCACGUGGGUAAGUAUAGUAUGAUUUAGGAAGGGUUUGAAAUUCUGAUCGUGGGAUGAAAGCUAAAUUCAAGGUGUAAAAGAAUUGAAACAUGUCACUGGCAUGAGGUUAUUUUGAGCUAGUGACAGUCAAUUUAUGAUUUAAAAAACUGUUGCAAACCGUCA